AUGUCAACUACUGUUGCCCCUCCGAAGCCGGAGCUGUCGGAGCUCUUUGCAGAGAUUGAGACGAGAUUCAAAGCAACGCAGCUCGGCCAUGACAGAUGGUACAUUCUCGCCUUGUCUUGCAUUGCUACCGGUCCAGAGCCCGAAUUCGCCGCACAACUCUACCAAUACCUCAUCGCCAAGCCCGAGCUCCAGAGCAGCGAGUCCCGCCAGCGCCUGGUGCGUCGUCUACGCGAGGCGCUGUUCAAGUCCAUCUGCCUGAUAGGCGUAUGCAAGCCCAUCGAAUCCAUCUUGGCAAUUGCGGCGAUUGAACGUCCCGAGGAUCGUGAUUUGUCAUCCUCGCGCGAGGAAUGGCAGGCUGAUGCAGACAACGAGCGGCGCGCCCGCGAAUGGUUCCUCAAGGUGUACACGCGCAACGCCAAGGACACCAUUGGCCUCUUUGAUGCCCAUAAAGACUUUUCCUGGACGUCGAUUCACAUCACCUACGGCCUGUAUUUGUCGGAUAGGCAGAUCUUGGAUGAUGUAGAGACGCAGCUAGUGGUUCUGCCCUGCAUCAUGAGCCAGAAUCUCAAGUCAGAAACACACUGGCACAUUCGCGGCACACGCCGUAUUGGCGUAUCAAAGGAGGACACUCAAGUGAUUUGGGACUCGGUGCAGUGGUUUGCUGCAUUUUUUGGAAUCAAGUUGAACAAAGUCCCGACAGUGGACGAGAUUGAACCGGACGUGUAG